AUGGUUACAAGGGCGGAGCCAUCUUGUUUAUUUUGUGCUAGUACUUCCGGUGGAACAGCUGAGGCGUUCGCUAACAUUAAAAGCAAGGGCAAAAAGAAGUCAGGUAAAAUGACGAGUAUAAUUUGUGCAGUCCGUGGUUGCCAUAACAAUUGGAGAAAAAGAAGAUUGUCUCUUCAGCAAGAGUGUUUUACUCACGGGAAGAAGCGAAUUGAAUGCUGUGGGCCAUCGUUUCAUCUAUAUCCGCCUCCUAGCGUUGAGGAAGACCGGCGUCUUUGGCUGAGGGCACUUCACUUAAAAAAAACUCCAAAAAGACCCUAUGUCUGUUCGUUUCAUUUUGUGGAUGGUAGACCUACUACCCAACACCCGUAUCCCGAGAAAUGGCUUGGGUAUGAAGCUCCGGUGCGACGUCCGCGACGACAGCUUGUUAGGCAAUCAGAGGCAUCAACCAGCAAUGCUGCUGAGGCUGAGCCUGAGCUCGAGCCGGAGGGUGAUGGACAUCGCGACAUCGGAACGCAGUGGGAGGAUCAAUGCAUGACCGAUCACAACUAUGCUGCAAGACCUUUACUUCACCAACCUCUGCUGUGUGACCAGGCAACCCAGUGCUCAGCGAGCACUGCAAAAUAUCAAGAGCUUGUGCGAAAUGACAACCUGAGCCUACUUUACACUGGGUUGCAUCUGGAUGCUUUCACCUCUUUGGCUGAUGACCUAACCCGUGAUUUCUCUAACAGCUCUCAUAUUCAUCCGUGGGAUCAGGUCUUAAUGACUCUCAUGAAGCUUCGUCUGAACCUACUUCAACAAGACAUCGCAGAGAGGUUUCAGGUGUCACAGCCCUUUGUCAGCAAGGUCAUUUCUUUCUGGUUAGAGGUCAUGGAGGAGAGGAUGCGGCUUUACAUCCCUUGGCUACCCAGGGAGACUAUUAGGGCAACAAUGCCACAGUGUUUCAAAGAGCAUUAUUCAUUAACCACCUGUGUCAUCGACUGCUCUGAAACGCCCCUUCAGAAGCCCCACAACCUUGAUUCCAGAGGGGAGUCUUACAGCCACUACUAUGGACAAAAUACCAUCAAGUUCCUGGUAGCAAUUGCACCUUGUGGCCUUAUCAUGUUCGUGUCACCUGCAUAUGGAGGAAGGUGCAGUGACAAGUUCAUCACUGCAAAUUCAGGUUUUCAUUUUCAAAUCGCCGUACAUCACAGGGGGCCAUCUCCUCAUGUCGUCCAUCCACUCUUUUAUUUGACUAGGGUGUUGUAAAAUUUCACCUCCACUACUACGAACAGCAUCGCUUGUCUCUGCCCAGGUAACAUCCAUCUUAAAGGUCACACUAAAGGUUAGGUUACACUAGCUAACCGGAACUAGCUGACCGGAAUAUCAUACACAAAGCGGAAGAAAAAAGCUGUUAAAAAUGGGCGGGGCGUAAUAGGGUGAAUUCCCCUCUUGUGUCAUGUUUAGUUUCACUUCUUGCCUGAGUUUCCCUCCUGUGCCUGAUUGUGUCAUUGUGUUCACCUGUUGCCCCUGUGUUUCUCCUCCCCUCUCCAGCUGUGUCUUGUCUUGUGAUUACCCUUGUGUAUUUAGUCUUGGGGUACGGUCGAAUUGUCAAAACAUCAGCUCCUAUCGUCUAUUCCUUGACCUUUGCGUGAAACGUCACGGGGUUUAGGAAUAGUGGAUAGGAGAAUUCAAAAGGACUUAGGCAAAGAAGACUACAGUGCGUUUAGAGUCCAACUGCACUUACACUAUCCCUAUGAUGCGCCAGUGGACGUUAUUAAUGUGCAGGGCCGGUUCUUCCUACAGGCCAUCAAGGCGACCGCCUAGGGCGCCAAAUUGGCGGGGGGCGCCCCCUAGUGGCGCCCUUAAGCACACAUCUUUGUUUUAACAACAUUGAUUAACAAUUUUUUUUUUUUUUUAAAGCAUGGGAUAUAAAACCCUCAUUGAAUUAAAUGAACAUCCCCAAACCCAUAUUUCGAAUGAAAAUGUA